GUGUUGUGCCGGUGCAAAGGGUGUUGCUGGCGUCAAGGCCGCCGCCACCUAGCGUGGAGCGCACAAAAAAAAUGCACUUGCUAUAUCACGUGAUAGGACCGCCAUCGCUCAUGUCGUGUGGAUAAGUGCUUGCAACUGUGCACUACUUAUUUGUGCGGCCCUCGUCGAAAGUGCCAGCGGAGCUUCCGGCCCGAUCCGUCCGAGCACCAUGAAUAUGCCGUGGAAGAUCAAGGAGCUGGUGGAUAAAGCCACCAACAUGGUGAUGAAUUACACCGAGAUGGAGGCCAAGGUGCGCGAGGCGACCAACGACGUAGCCUGGGGUCCGCCGGGCCAGCUGAUGCAGGAGAUCGCGCAGGCAACCUUCUCGUACGAUCACUUUCCUGAGGUGAUGGGCAUGCUGUGGAAGCGGAUUCUGCAGGACAACAAGCGCUGUUACCGGCGGCCUUACAAGGGUCUGCUUCUACUCGACUAUCUAGUGCGAAACGGUUCCGAGAGGGUGGUCACCUCUGCGCGGGAGCACAUCUACGACCUUCGAAGUCUAGAGAACUAUUCGUUUAUCGACGAGAUCGGAAAGGAUCAGGGCGUCAAUGUGCGCCAGAAAGUGAAAGACCUCAUCGACUUUAUUCAAGACGAUGAGAGGCUACGCGAAGAGCGCAAGAAAGCGAAAAAGGCCAAGGACAAGUACAUCGGCUUGUCCGGCGAGUCUCUGGGCUUCAGGUACAGCGACCGGAACAAGUUCGACGAUAUGGACCACGGGUCGCGCCUCGGCCGCCGGCACAGUUUCGAGGACUCGCCUGACAACAGCAACGACGAGGAACGCGACGAGCGGCCAGGCGGGGGCGUCACGUAUCGCGACGAGCCUCGGACACCCAGCUGGAAGCCGCAAGCCAAGAAGCUGGACAUGGGCGCCGCCGCGACCUAUGGCCGGGAGGCUUCGCCGCCCGCUAGCCCGGCCGCCGCGCCGAGUGUCCCAGCAGCAGGCGACUUGCUGGGCGACAUCGCCAGCGCACCGACUACCACAACGCCGACCGCCAACGGCGACUUCGCCGACUUCAGCCAAUUCCAAAGCGCUGCGGCACCCCCGCCCAGCGCCCAAGACGAAUUCACGGACUUCGCAUCCUUCGCGUCGUCGAGCAGCAUUCCAAGUGGCCUGAUCGACCUGCCCGUGCAGGCGACGAGCGUCCAACCAAGUCUGCAUACAACUCCCAGUGCACCCCCUGUUCUACCAGUGCAGCCUACUCUGCACACGAAUCCUCAACCUAUGCUACAGGCGAGCCCACUGGCAGGACUGCAGCCGGUGAUAGCUGCCAGUCCACUGGUAGGCAUGCCGCAGACCAGCCCCAUGUCCCCAAUACAAGCAACUCUUCAAACGAGUCCCCUCCCCAGUUUACAAUCUCCAGGUGCUGGCAUGAUCGGCCUCCCAAUGGGCUUUCCUGUGGCAGCACAGCCAUCUGGCUUUCACUUGGGCUACCCCAUCUCGCCCCAAGCUAGCCUUCCCUUCCAAGGGUUACCAGGCCUUGUGCGGCAGCCUAGCCCUGGCUGCACACCUCUCUCGCCAAGUCCUGCUGGAGCAUCACCGUGCAUACUAGGGGGACCAGUAGGUGGCCAAACACCACAAGGAAAGUGUGGGAAAACGUGGGUGGACUCUGGCAGUAUAAAUAUCAGUGUGGACAACCUCAGCCUGACCAGCAAGUAUGCAAAACCAGCGGCACCUUCUAUGAACCAGCUGGCAGCAGGUAGCUCUUUGGGACGACUGCAGUGAGAUUUCCAUGGCAGGAAUCUCGAGCAGGGUGGGGCUCCAGCCCCCGGGGGAGCUCGUGCUGGUCACAUAUCAUGUGCGGGGCGUCUCUGCCCCUGGACCGGUGCUUGUCUUCCAUUGUUUCCCCCCUCCCGUAACCCAGGACAGGCAGAGAAAAUUGCGCUCAAGUGACACUGUGGACGACCCCGGGCUGAAUAAAGCAAUAGAACAAAGCAGCUCCAGGGCCAGCCUGCCUCCCCUCGAUGGCCGUAUAUUUUUAAUAAAAGCCUGGCCACUUGUUGA